GGAUUCAACUUCGGAGCCUCGCCAGUCGUCCGCCGAAUUUCUCUGCUCUAGUAUCUCUCUCUCUCUCUCUCGACUACUAACAAAUGAGUUAGUAAAAACAUGUGUGCUUAAAUGCUCACUCGAUCAACGCACACAUAUGCCUGAAAAGCGUUCGUCUUCUCUAAAAAAAAUACAGAGCGAUUCCACACUCCGGUUUCAGCCGUCGUCGGCGGCUGCAAUUUUUUUUUUUCGGGACCGCAAAUUCACGCGUGCGAGAAGCAGAAGAAUCAGAACUUAGCAGACAGUAUAACAUUACCUGUCGAGUGCGCGUGCUUAUUUGUCGCGAAAAAUUUAGUUCGCUGUUAAUUAGUAGUUUUUUUUUUCAUUUCAUUCAAGUUUCACAUGAAAGUAGCAUGGUACCUUGUGACACAUGUUUUUUGACACUGGCAAUAGUGUCCGCAUUUCUAAUCGUUUCUAUGGACGCAAGAUCAUGGGAUAUCGCUGUGGCAAUUGGUCAGCAAAUAGACUUUUUUGCACAAAAUAAAUCACAGGUCGGUCAAGCUUUGGUGUCCGAUGCCGAAGAGCUUACAGGUCUCGCAUAUGAUAGCAUAACGCAAACCUUAUACAUGAGCGAUGUCAAGGAUAACAAAGGUUCCAUGCUCAGCACCAAUUUGAGUAACAAGGACUCGGAGCCAUUUUCCAUGUUAAAUUAUGAAAAUGGAACAUCUAUAUCAUCGAUAGUUUUUGACCCAGAAACCAGGACUUUAUUUUGGACCGAUGGCUUACGCGAAACCUUAAUGAAGAUGCACGUUCCUUCAAAUGGGGAAUCCAUUCGUCCGUCGAUGUUACACAAUCUAAUGAUGCAUAAUCCUCACGGCAUAGCUCUAGAUAUUUGUAACAGAUACAUAUACUGGACAAACAGCAAUAGCACUGUCCAUAGCAUAGAAAGAUCAAGAUUGGAUGGUAGUGAGCGGAGUGUAAUCAUCGAUAACAAUCUAUACGCAGUUUAUGGUUUGGCCGUUGAUCAUACGUCUGCAAAAUUAUAUUGGAGCGACGACAUCGACACUGUUAAAUAUAAAAUAGAGCGAAGUAAUUUGGAUGGUACAGAAAGAGAGACGUUACAACGUGGCAGGUAUCACCUGCCAGUUUACCUAGCGGUAGACAACGAGGCGGUCUAUUGGGCUGAUUGGACGGCAAAAGCAGUUUGGAGGGUGAAAAAAAACAAGGGAGCCAAAGAUGAGCCUGACAAAUUUGCGUCCUACGAGAAAUCUCAUCCCUCUGCCUUCAUCAAGAGUAUAAUAACUCGGGACAAUGUUGGUAAACCUAAUUGCGAGGCUAUGUUGAGAGUGGAAAAAGAAAGGCAAAACCAUAAGGCUACACCUGCCAGUCCCAUGAAAUCCUCUAUUAACCUCACCACCAGCACCAAAGAAAUGAAUUCCACUACUAAAGCAAUACAACCUUGCUUGAACGAAGGUCACUACGACGAGCAAAAGGCAACUUGUCACUGUAGAAAUGGAUUCAGUGGGACACGAUGCGAAACAUCGGUGUGCCAUAAUUAUUGCGUUAACGGUCAUUGCGCCGUUGACUCUAAAGGGUUACCGGAAUGUACUUGCACUACCGCGUACAAUGGGGAAAGAUGUGAACGAGAUGUUUGCGAUGGAUAUUGUCUGAACAAUGGCGUAUGUUCAGUGUCUGCAACAGGGCCAUCUUGUAAAUGCGAAAAUUCUAGUGGAUCACGAUGCCAGUAUACGAAUGAGUUAGAUAAAUUCUGCUCCCUGUAUUGUAUGGGUACGAAAGAAAUGUUAAACAGCUUGAGCCUCACUUUUUGUAGGUGCAGCGAGCUGAAUGAGACAUUAUCGGAGGGGUUAAUCACUUCCGAACCACUCCUACAAUCCACUUUAAUUUUGUCGGUGCUUUUAGGGGUCAUCACUGUGCUUAGUUUAGUAGUCGCAGUGUUAAGUUACCAUGUCCAUAAAUUGAGACGUCGACCGAGAAUAAGGAAGCGUUUUGUAGUUAGCAAGGGUGGUGUUACGCCGCUCACCUCAAGGCCUCAGGGGUCAACAGACAGCUGUGAAAUUACUAUAGAAAAUUGUUGCAACAUGAACAUAUGCGAAACACCUUGUUUUGAACCAAAACUACGAGCUACUCCGACUAAAAGUAGUAGUACAAAAAAGGAGGAGAAAAAUUCGCUUCUGGAGAGUAUGGAAGGUGCGGAUUCUUGCUAGCAGAGACUUGAAUAUUCUACGGCACUCGCAGGUUAUAUAAGCUUGGAGUAAGAAUUUACCAAAAGAGAAGAAAGAUGCUUUACUAAUGAAACCAAAGGAAGAUUUUGCACUUGAUGUACCUAAAUCUAAUUUACGUAUAUGAAAAGUAAACUAGAUAGCCGAAUACUGCUCUCAUAUUUAUGACCUGCGGUGUAACUCUGAUAUACUGCGAUGUUUCUGCGAAUAACCAUUCAUCUUGCAUUGUACAUACAUACAUAUUGAUUUCUCUCUUGACAAAGAUUUAUUUUACCUGAAAGCAUUUUUAAGGUGAUGCUUUUUUUCUCCGUUUUAUUGUUUAUUUAUUUGCAAAAAAAAAAAAUUGCAUCUCUACCAUCUCGUAUAGCCUCGUGUUGUCCUCUGAAAAAUUUUAUCGUUGAUAUAAGAUAACAGACUCGUUAAUUUCAGUCAAACUCAAAUCAUCUGUCGAUGACAAUGAAGAACAAGAACCAUAUAACUUAUUUUUAAAAAAUGUAUUAUUUAAACUUCUUUUUUAUUUCGGCUAAUUUUACAUCUAAGACCGCUAUACGUUGUUUAAUUCUUAUUUAUGAUCAUCGAUCUGAACAAUUCUUAAUGCACUAAGGUUUUUGUUGUUCCUUUUCUUCGUCUUCUUAAUCUUUUUUUUUUCUUGAGAACGUUUUUGAUCUUUUACACUUUUCUGUCAUACUGAUCCCUUUUUCUCUACAAAUCCGUUGUAGUUGAAGCAAGAUCUAUCGCGGAAUUGAAAUGAAAUAUUUCUUAUAAGAAAAAUCAAAAGAGCCUUUGAAAAGUCUUGAUUUGUACAGCGGUAUUAGUCCUGCACAAAUGACCCAGGAUUAAGGAUGAGCAAGUGAAUGUUGAUAAAAUGUAGAGCUAAAGAAAAAAAAGAAACCCUAAAAUGCGAAAGUAUCGUGUAACAGGAUACCAUCGCAGUGACGAUGUUCCUAAGUGAGAUAUACUGUUUUAUGUGUCACGCAAUAAUCGUGAUUAAAUAAUAAUGAUAUGAUGAUUAAGGCAAAAGCUAGUGUUAAUAGAAGUUAGGCUUAAUUACUUAAUAAACGCAUGAGAACAUUUUUUCGUUAGGGGUAGUCGAUACGAAUAGAUUUCAUUUUUUUUUUCUAGUAGUAUUGAAUACAGUAUGUAUAAACAUGUAGUACAUACUAUAACUUAUUAGCAAAUGGCUGAAUAAUAGAAGAGCAUAUGAUUUUGAAUAAAAAAAAUAAUUAAAUAAAAAAAAUAAAAAAAAAUCAUGUACCGGAUUAGAAAUGAAAGAUGAAAAAUAUAGAUGAUACUGUUACCAGACGAAAUUUGAGUUUUUUCAAAAAUAUUCUAACAAAAAAUUGAUGAACUCAGUUUUUAAUUUAAAAUACUUAGAAUAUUUCUCCUCUGUACAACGCCUUGGCGAGAAAAAAAAUUUCAAUAUGAACACAGAUGUGUAAAUGUUCAUUGUUCUAUCAAUAUAUUAUUUACAAUUAUUUUAAAAGUUUCUUAGGAUGUCUCUUUAAAUGAAAUUUCUUAUUUUCUAACUGAUCGUCUGACGUAUAGCAUUACAUAAUAUAGUAUGGUACUUGGCAGUUGAGCUUGAGGAAAAUAUUCUCGUUUUCAAUAAUAUACAACGUUUAAUCUCAUCGAUACACGAACUAUUGGAUCAAAAUUUUUAUACCCAUAAAUAUUAUAACAAAAUUAACUCGACUGAGGUUGGCACAGGAAAUGUGCCGAUAAGUCAAUUUGCAUAUUUGAGGGUCUGUACUUUGCAGUUUAUACCUGAUACUAUCAUAGAGGGUAUGAGUGUCCAAAAUAAUAUUUCUUGCAAGAUGGAAUGAUGAUUCUUCCUAUUUGAAAAAUGGGAAAAAAAAAAUUCAUAGUUGUAACAGAGACUGAAUAUUUUUAAGGAAAACCAAAUGAUUCCUAGAUUUAUCUGUCAGGUAAAUAAAAAAACAAUGAAGAUAUUUAAAAGAAA